CCGGGGUCGACAACAUUGCCCAACUCAUAGCUUCACACACCAGGAGUGUACCUAACCUGCGCUGCCGCAUUUGAACUCAUUGACAACCCAAGAAUUCGCGCACAAUGUCAACGGUUGCGGGCGCGUCACUUCAGACGUCUUAUCCACCAACUCUCCCGAAUGCAUUCAAUGCGAACCAACCAAAAACGAUACGCCUCUACCCCUUAAGUAACUACACCUUUGGGACGAAAGAAAACCAGCCCGAGGAAGAUCCUUCAGUCCUUGCACGCCUGAAGAGACUCGAGGAGCACUACGAACAAUAUGGCAUGCGCCGGACAUGCGAGGGCGUCCUAGUCUGCCAUGAGCACAAUCACCCGCAUAUCUUGAUGCUUCAGAUUGCAAAUGCAUUUUUUAAGCUUCCGGGUGACUAUCUCCACCAUACAGACGAAGAGAUCGACGGAUUCAAGAACCGCCUCAACGAACGAUUAGCCCCUGUUGGCACGCAAUUUUCAGGUGAAGGCGUCAAUGACGAGUGGGAGAUUGGUGACACUCUGGCACAGUGGUGGCGACCAAAUUUUGAAACGUUCAUGUAUCCGUUCAUUCCGGCCCAUGUGACACGGCCAAAGGAAUGCAAAAAGCUUUACUUUAUUCAGCUUCCUCGAAGCAAGGUCCUUUCUGUCCCUAAGAACAUGAAACUGCUCGCCGUUCCGCUUUUCGAACUCUAUGACAACACUGCGCGAUAUGGCCCCCAACUCUCUGCUAUUCCUCAUCUCCUUUCUCGGUACAACUUUGAAUUCGUCGACGAAAAUGGCAAUGUGGUUGCCGUGACGCCAGGCGGAACUCCCGAGGGCGAAAACGCGCCGAAGACAAAGGUACUAGCAGGUGGUGAUGAAGACGAGGAGCAGAAGAUUGGAAAUGGGGAAGCGGGAGAUGCGAUGGAGGGAACCGGAGAGAAUGGCGUUGCAUAGUUUAGCGCAGGCGCAGAAAAGCAUUGUUUUGCUCGUCGUCUAUUUCUGGGCUUGGGUCAGGAUCAUGAUUGUCGCAUUCUAGGCGCGUGGCGAUUUCACUAGGUUCAGCUGAAAGUUACUUUGCCCCU